AUGCAAUCUAUAGAAGAACCUCAGGCUACCAAAACAGAGCAAUCGAUGGAAGAAGAGUCGUAUAUGCAGCUCAACUACAAGGACAUGAAAAAAUGGUACAACGACAACAAAGAGUUGAAGGAAAAAUAUGGCCGUUUUCCCAUGUUCUGGCAGGAUUUGGCGGAAUGGGACCACUGGAGCGACUUUAAAAAGAUAUAUAUGAAGGAAAAAGAGAAGAAGGACCUCAAAGAGGAGCGUCGUAAGAAACGUGAAAGCCGUUGGGGCAAAGCCGAGGGCCGCACGGCUUCCUCCCGCUGGGAGAACGACGAGCGAGAAAUCGACCCCGGCCUCCCCGUAGCGGUCGCAGCCUCGGUCAUCUCGAUCGAGGAGCUGCAGAUCAUCCAAUUCCGCAUGCGAAUGCAGGAGCUGACCGAUAAAAUCGAAACGGUGGAAGCAGACGCCGCUCGCAUCUCGAACGAUCCCAAUCGUUCCCCGUCGCCUCCUCCCGAGUACGACAAGGUUGGAAACCGUACGAACACGCGAGCGCAGCGAAUGCGCGUGGAGUACGAGAAGCAGCGCGGCGAGAUCAUGGAUGAAGUGGUGAAGCUGAACCCGAUUUUGAAGGCAAUCCAGCCGAAAGCGCACUGCCAAGUGAAGAUCUACUUCCCUAUCAAAGAUUACCCGGGCUACAACUUCCUGGGGUUAAUCAUCGGACCGCGUGGGUCGACGCACCGGCAACUGGAGCAGCAGACGCACUGCAAGAUCGUAAUCCGCGGGCGUGGCACGGGGCGAGAAGGGAAAAGCAACUACGAGCUCAUCGCGCAGGAUGAUGAUCCGCAUGUGAUGAUCACGGGAGACAACGAAGACGACGUGGCGGAAGCGGAGCGAAUCAUCAACGAACUGCUGCAGCCGCUGGACGACGACAAGAACAUCCACAAACAGAAGCAAAUGAAGCAGCUAGCGGAGCUGAACGGAUUACACGAAAUGAACGCGCGAUGUCCGUACUGCGGCAUGACCGGGCACGAUCAAUUCAAAUGUCCGAACCGUCCGAGUAGGCAGAAGCGAGGCAGCGUUAUGGAUAGUGGAGUUCGGGAAUCAGGACAUCCGAUGUGAGAUCUGCGGAGAUGCCGGGCAUAUCGCGAGGGAUUGUCCGAAUCGGAAUGAUAAGAGGCGGCUGGAGGAGCAUCGCCGCAUGAACGAUGAGUACACGUCGUUCAUGAGCGAUUUGGAAUCGGGACGCGUGCUCGGUAGGGAAGCGGGGGAAUUGCGAUUUGUAGGAAAUGGAAAUCAGCAGCAGCAGCAACAACAACAGCAGCAGCAGCAACAACAGUGGCAGCAGCCGAUGAAUUAUUAUGGAUAUGGACAACCGAUGUAUGGGAAUAUGUACGGACAGCAGUGGAUGCAGGGAGGUUAUUGAGAGUAGUGGGGCGUUGGAGUGUU